UCCCAUGGGGCACCUCGCGCGGCGCGUGACCCCCCGGAGCCAAUGGGGAGGGGAGGCGUGGCAAGGCGACCAAUCAGGAGAGAGGGCGGUUGUUGAGCUUCCGUUUGAAUACGGAGCGGCGGCCGCCGUUGCCCUCCCCCAGUGUGCGAGCUCCGUUGUGAGACGUUGGAGCUCGGAGCGGAGCCGUCCCAGCAGCCCGGUGCCUGUCCCUGCUGCCACCAUGGGGCCGUGCCCCCCGCCCGAGGAGGGCCCCGUGACUGUCGUGGUGCGUGUGCGGCCCCUGGCCCGCAGCGAGCGGGUCCUGCCCCCGGUCGUGCACGUCGUUAACGAGCACGGCAUCGUCCUCAGCCCCGCGGAGCCCGGGGCUGCCCCCGGCAGCGCGCUGCCCGCGCGGGGGCCCAAGGGCAAGGACCUGGAGUUUGUCUUUGACCGGGUCUUUGGGGAAGAGGCCACGCAGGAGGAGGUGUUCCAGCACAGCACCUCCGAGCUGCUCGACAGCGUCCUCGAGGGCUACAACUGCUCCGUGUUUGCCUAUGGCGCGACCGGAGCAGGGAAAACCUACACCAUGCUGGGCUCGGAGCACAGCCCUGGCAUCAUGUACUUGACUAUGGUGGAGCUGUACCAGAGGAUGGAGGCCAGAAGGCAGGAGAAGAGCUGUGAGGUCCUAGUCUCCUACCAGGAGGUGUACAACGAGCAGAUCUAUGACCUGCUGGAGCCCAAGGGACCUCUAGCUAUUCGGGAGGAUCCUGAGCGAGGAGCUGUGGUCCAGGGCCUCUCAUUCCACCAGCCUGCGUCAGCAGAGCAGCUCCUGGAGAUGUUGGCCAACGGCAACAGGAAUCGCACGCAGCAUCCCACUGACGCCAACGCUGUCUCCUCCCGCUCGCAUGCCAUCUUCCAGAUCCACGUGAAGCAGCAGCACUGCCCUGGCAGCCUCAGUCGGGGUCUGAAGGUGGCCAAGAUGAGCCUGAUCGACCUGGCAGGCUCAGAGCGAGCGUCGGUGGCCAACACCAGGGGAGAGCGGCUGCGGGAGGGGGCCAACAUCAACCGCUCGCUGCUGGCCCUCAUCAACGUCAUCAACGCCUUGGCUGAUGCAAAGGGCAAGAAAAGCCACAUCCCGUACCGGGACAGCAAGCUGACGCGCCUGCUGAAGGACUGCCUGGGUGGCAACUGCCGCAGCGUCAUGGUGGCAGCGGUGAGCCCCUCUGUGCUGGCCUACGAAGACACCUACAACACCCUCAAGUAUGCCAGCAGGGCCAAGGAGAUCAAGCUGUCGCUGAAGAGCAACAUGUGCAGCUCUGACUCCCACCUCUGUGAAUAUGUGGAGUUGUGUGAGCAGCUGAAAGGGGAGGUGGCGGAGCUGAGGGCAAAGCUUCUUGCUUAUGAGGAUGGUGCCCGUGAGGCAGAGAACCAGGCAGCAGGGCCACAGGCUCCGUCCAGCGUGAGCCCAGUGGAGCUGCCCAGGUGAGGCUGGGGGGAAAGAAGCAACAGAGCUUUUGUGUGUGACCUCCUGGUGUCCCCUGUGUCAAGGAACCUGCAGGGUUUUAGUGCUGGUGAGAGCCUAGUGCCUGUCAGGAAGCAGAGGAGCUGCUGGUGUGCAGCAUCAUCUCGACUGUGGCUGGGUUCGGCUCUGAACCUGCUGGAGCAGAGCACACAAGCCCCAAGGGGAGCUGGGUUGCAAAGGCCCAAUCUGGUG